AUCCGUUAAUCGAUCAUCAGUCGACGGAAGCGAGUCCAUCAGAACCAUGAAAGGAGCCUUGGUCUGCGCGGUGCUAACGGCGCUGGCGGCGCGCGCGUGGGGCAUGGACGACGAGAUGGCGGAGCUGGCCAAGAUGCUGCACGACAACUGCGGCGAGGAGACGGGCGUGGACCUCGGGCUGGUGGACAAGGUAAACGCGGGCGCGGACCUGAUGCCGGACGCGAAGCUCAAGUGCUACAUCAAGUGCGUCAUGGAGACGGCGGGCAUGAUGUCGGCGGGCGAGGUGGACGUGGAGGCGGUGCUGGCGAUGCUGCCGGACGGCUUGCGGAGCAAGAUCGAGGCGCCGAUGCGCGCCUGCGGCACCCAGCGCGGCGCCGACGACUGCGACACCGCCUUCCUCACGCAGGUCUGCUGGCAGAAGGCCAACAAGGUGGACUACUUCCUCAUAUAGUCGCACUUGUCCGCGACCACUCCAGAAUACAUUUUUACCAUUUAAAUUUAUUCUAUGUAACCGGUGACUUUACUCUGUUAUUCAUAACCAACAAUUUUUAAUGCUCUCAAUUCCUUCAAAAUUACAACUAUUUACUUUUUUAUGGCAACUUUAAAUUGGAAAUUUAAAUUGGAAAAAGAAACAUUACACAUAAUGAUAACGAUUUGAAUUUGAAGUAAGGCAUCUUGUCUCUAGAAAGCAAUCUCAUCAGAGAAACCGGGAGAGACAGU